CAAAAAUAAUUUUUCUUAUCAUUUUCGUUGAAGAGAAAGCGUUUUUCGAUACAAAUCUGCUGCAACUGUCAGCAGCCUAGAUUUCCACAAGAAAUUAAACUAAUUCUUAUUUUUUAAAUAUGCAUGUUUAAUUAUUUUAAAAUAGCGUAGAAAAAUGAUGAAAAAGGAGAUUUUGAUUUUUAUUGUUUUUAUUUUGUUAGUAGAAUGUGAAAGUGUAAUUAAUUUUAAUGAUACUAAAGACGAAAAAAAUUUGGAUUUACUAUCGGAAUUGAUAAAAGAAAUAACAGAUCCCUGUCCUGAGCUGUGCCAGAAUGGUGGAGUAUGCGUGGCAACAGAAAACGAUGUUAUGUGCAUUUGCACCCCUCCAUAUUUCGGAAAAACUUGCAGUGAAGAUCCUUGUACAAGAAAUCCUUGCCACAAUGGCGGGAAGUGCCAAAUUGAGCGGGAUGGGUUCGUAAGUCUCCUUACAGAGUCUUUUUGUAAGUCUCCUUACAGAGGUGAAAAUUGCACACUAGAUCCUUGUCUGCCAAAUCCUUGUGAAAAUGAUGGUAAAUGCAAAAUUAGCGGCAAUGGUUUCAACUGUACUUGUAAGAAUCCAUAUUAUGGGGACACUUGUGAAUUUGGUCCUUGUGAACCAAACCCUUGCAAGAAUGGAGGUGAAUGCGAACAGGAUGGAGAAAGUUUUAACUGUUCUUGUGAAAGCCCUUUUACUGGACGUACUUGCGAAAAAAGUCCUUGUUCACUGAAUCCUUGCCAAAAUGAUGGCAAAUGCUCCCUUACAAAUGACCUUGACUUCAAAUGCACGUGUAACGAGCCUUUUUCAGGAAAAACAUGUGAGAAAGGGCCUUGCACGCCAAAUCCCUGCAAAAAUGGUGGUCACUGCAAAGCCUCUGGGAACGGUACGAAAUGCCUUUGCCCCAAUGCUUUCUUCGGAGAAUAUUGUGAACAAGACUUAUGUUCAAAAAUGCCUUGUAAAAAUAAUGGUACAUGCAUAAUAGAGGGGAGUGAUUUCAAAUGUGAAUGUAAAAGUCCUUUCAUUGGGAAAAUAUGCGAGAAAGAUCUUUGCUCAUCAAAUCCUUGCAAAAAUGAUGGAAUUUGUAAACUGGAUGGAAGCAAUUUCAAAUGUGAAUGCAAACCACCGUACAGCGGCAAAGAAUGCGAGAAUGGACCUUGUUCUUCAAAUCCAUGCCUAAAUAAUGGAGGAUGCAAGGUAGAGGGCAAUACUUUCAGGUGCAAAUGUGUCCCCCCGUUUGCAGGAAAACACUGUGAAUCAGGGCCAUGUUCAUCAAAUCCUUGUUUCAAUAAUGGAAAAUGUAGAGUGACUGGUUUGAAUUUCAAAUGUGAAUGUCAACCACCUUACCAGGGAAAACAAUGCGAAAUGAGGAACAACACUGAACCUGACAUUUCAACGACUACCACCACCGAUUCUACGAUAAUCAGGAACAUCACAUAUCAAAAUAUCACAGAAUUAACUCACAGUUAUAACUGGACAUCUUCCGAAUCGACUAUCUUUACAUCAGAUGAAAAUGCUACAACGGCAACUGAGAGAAAUUCAACUAAUGGCUUGAUGUCGACUACUCUCGAAGAAGGAUUCUGUGAAACUGACAAUGAUUGCCUGAAUGGAGGAAUAUGCAGAAAAACGACUGAGGGUGAAUAUUCCUGCAUAUGUAAGCCGAAUUUCGGAGGGAGCAGAUGUGAAGUGAACUUACCAUGUGUGGGUCUUCACCAGAGUUGUCGGAUGAUCAAUGCUGUAUGCGUGCUUAUCGAUAAUCAUGCGAUAUGCGUGUGUCCAAAUGGAACGCUAUAUCACAAAAGAUCAGGUUUAUGUGAAGAUAUUUGUGACGCUCGGAAAUGCUUGCAUGGUAAAUGCGAAGUAAUAGGAAGAACGUACAAGUGCAAUUGCGAUGAGGGGUACACAGGAAGUCAUUGCGAUGAAGAGGAAAGAAGACAUCAUGAAAACUUUGUUCCUUGGUUCACUGUAAUAGCUUCCAUUAACCUAUUUAUAUGUAUACUUCUGAUAGGGAUGUUUUGUGUUGUUUGCCAUAUUAAAAGAUUCAUAACCACAGCGUGAAAAUUUUGACUAUCCAGAUUCCAAGUGAAGAAAGAAAAAAAGAAUAAAAAUAUUAACAAAAGAUUGUUGCUCCUUUCACACUGAUGUUUAUCUAUUAUCACUGAUGUUUAUCUAUUAUCUAAAAUAAGAAGAGGAAUUUCAAACUAUAGAAAUGUAUGCAAAUAUGAAUAUAUUGAACAUAUAUAUAUAUACAAAAAAAUAAAUAAAACUGACGGGAAAAUAUUUUACUGGUAC